CUCGAUUCUCUAUCCCAGACCAACGAAGAAACUCAGUGAAAGGUAUCCGAAGGCAUCAAUCAGGUCACAAUGGGUAUUAAACAACUUUAUCAAGUGAUUUCUGAGAAUGCGCCCGAUGCGAUUAAGAAUGGAGAUAUCAAGGGCCAUUUUGGCCGAAAGGUCGCUAUUGAUGCAUCCAUGAGUAUAUACAGUUUCCUUAUUGCUGUACGUUCCGAGGGUCAGCAGCUCAUGAGCGACUCGGGCGAGACGACAUCACACUUGAUGGGCAUGUUCUACCGUACUCUGCGGAUGGUCGAUAACGGCAUCAAACCUCUGUAUGUUUUCGACGGAGCUCCACCAAAACUUAAGUCCGGCGAGUUGGCCAAGCGAACGGCCCGGAAAUCGGAAGCUACCGAGGCUCACGAGGAGGCCAAGGAGACGGGUACUGCGGAGGAUGUGGAAAAGUUCUCGCGGCGCACAGUACGAGUUACGAGGGAACACAAUGCCGACUGUAAGAAGCUGCUGAAGUUGAUGGGGAUUCCGUACAUCGACGCUCCGACAGAAGCAGAGGCACAAUGCGCAGCGCUUGCGCGGGCAGGGAAGGUCUAUGCUGCUGCAUCGGAGGAUAUGGACACACUAUGCUUUGAGACACCGAUUCUUCUAAGACACCUUACCUUUAGUGAACAGAGGAAGGAACCGAUUCAAGAGAUCCAUCUGAACCGUGCCCUUGAAGGACUGGGCAUGGAACGAGCACAGUUCAUUGAUCUCUGCAUUCUGCUUGGAUGCGACUACCUAGAACCGAUUCCCAAAAUCGGACCUAACACUGCCCUGAAGCUGAUUCGCGACCACGGUAGUCUGGAGAAGGUGAUUGAGCACAUUGAGAAGGACCCCAAGAAAAAGUACGUGGUUCCAGAAGACUGGCCGUACCAAGAUGCACGAGAGCUUUUUCUCCAUCCAGAUGUGCGGGAAGCCGACCACCCGGAUUGCGAUUUCAAAUGGGAGGCCCCCGACAUUGACAAUCUGGUGGAAUUCCUGGUGAAGGACAAGGGGUUCAACGAGGACCGAGUACGCAACGGGGCUGCCCGUCUCCAGAAGAACCUCAAGACCGCUCAACAGUCACGGUUAGAGGGAUUUUUCAAGCCGGUGGCACGGACAGACGCGGAGAAGGCGAAUCUCAAGCGCAAGCACAACGAGAAAUUGCAGGAGCAGAAGAAGCGCAAGAAGGACGAGGCCAAAGCCAAGAAGGACGCCAAAUCCAAGCCUCGCGGUGCUGGUUAAUUGGUAUGUCUACCAGCUUUGAGGAUUAUUCAAUACAGAAAAAAGCCACAUGGAUACUGGCAAGGGCAUGGACUGAUAAUUCAAAAUGUAACAUUGGCGUCGGCGUUGUGCGGGCCUUUAGGUACUAGAAGUUUGCGAUAUUUGAAACCUGGUGUUUUAAUGAAAGCAACUGUAUGGAGUACUAUUCUACUAUUACCCUCAAUGGGAUCAUUCGAUGGAUCCGAGAUCGCCCAAGGCAUACACUAUCGAGAACGAUUAUUGCGUGAUUUUUCCUCUUGUAGACAUCAAGGCUAUUUUAUGCUUAUGUGAUAUUCUCAGGUUGGUAAGCUGUAUUUAGUAGUAACUAGAAUAGUUCUGGAUGGGUUUGGUGUUAGGUUGCUGUCUACCUACACCUGGUUGUUUCCACGGAGUUUCCAAUGCCAGGGGUUAAUCAGAAUCAAUUCAGACAGAUACCUAG